CGAUCCUCCAGCAGCGUUCCGAGCGAACCUGCCGAGGAUCCCAAGACAAAGCGGUGGGACGCGGCGAUGGCCGAGUGUCAGCGUCGGAUGGGCGUCGACUUCCUCGGACCAGAGACCAAAAACCUCCGCUCAGAAGAGGCCGUGAUGGAUUACAUCACGGGCAGAGGGGACACGGCUCCUGACGGCCAGUGCAAGAAUCGAUGGGAGGGCCUGAGAGCCAGUCUCAUUCCGCUGGCUCGCGUAACCAAGAUUUUCUGUGACCCCAUCGCGGACGCCAUCUCUGACUCGUUCCCCCCUAGCAAAAUCAUCUUCGCAACCGUGGGCCUGAUCAUCACCGCGUCGAUCCAAGCUCACGAGGAAUUUGAGCAGAUCACUGAUGCGCUUGAAGCGAUCAAGGUCCACCUGCAGGUCAUCGAGAUGCUCGACGGGCAUCAUGGGCAGCUCCUGGGCGACACCGCCUUCGAGCUUCUCGUGCACAUCAUCAUUGUCCUCAGUGUCAUUGCGAAGAUGCGGCGCGAGAGGUUUACCGGUCGUUUUCUGAAGGCCGUGGCGGAGAUACGACCGCUCUCCGAUGCGCUGGAGGACCUCGAGCGGAUCACGUCCUAUUACAAGGAAGCAAUCAUCGCAGGCACGCUCGACGUGGUCACGAACAUCAAGACCUCGGACGAGAUGGAGAGAAUCAUGGCUUGGCUCAAGUACGACUCUGUGGAUUCUUCCCAGAGGAUCAGCUCUCUCCUCAACGAUCGCAUGAAAGGGACGGGAUUAUGGCUCUUCGAGCAUCGUGCCUUCGUAGACUUCAUGGAGGCGCAAACAAGAGUACUAGUCAUUCAAGGGAAAGCUGGCAGCGGGAAGAGUACGAUCCUCGCUGCAGCAAAUCGCCAUCUCCGGGCUUACUGCUCAUCCCGCGGAUGUGACCAUAUCGUUGCCACUCAUUUCUUCGACGCGUCCAACAGCUCUGUGCGGGGAGACUUGGAUUCCGUCCUGUCGUCAUUCCUCUGUCAACUCGCCCUUGGGAAUCAACAUUGCAUGGACGAGCUUGCAAAAGCCCGUCAGAAGUCGAUAGUCAAUGGCGGCCUCACGCGCGAGGAGAAGCUCGAUAUUCUGAUCGGUAUGCUCAGCAAUCGGCUACGAGUCUUCUUUGUUAUCGAUGCGUUGGAUGAAGCUCUCGAGAAGGAGCAUGCAAGGAUUCUUGACGCACUCCGUAGGCUGCGCUUGAGCACGAAUAUCUCGAUCAUAGUCUCCACCCGCGUCUUCCUCAGCGACGAUGAUCUCCAGAGCACAACCCUGUCGAUCGAUCAGGUGGAGGAUAACACGGACAUACGUACCACUCUCGACAUUGAAUUCAGUGAGGGCGGGCGACUGGCGGGCAUCGCAAACGCGGCAAUGGUGCGCGAUGAGCUGUUGCUUCGGGCGGAGGGAAAUAUGCGCUGGACCACGCUUGUGAUUGAGCAGCUUCGGGGCUACGCGAGCGCACCGCACAAAUUGGAAAAGCUUUUGCACGAUCUGCCUCCCACGCUCCAUGGGCUGUACGCCGAGAGGCUCGCCGCCGUUCCGUCUGGUGAUGUCGAGGAUGUGCGCACGCUGUUCGCAUGGAUACUGAACCCGACCUUGGAAUUCAUCCUAACGAUCGAGCGACUGGCUCUUGUCCUUGCCUUCGACUAUAGCCAGGACAUGCCAGAGUACAGGCCUGACUGGCUGUCCUCGCACCCGGGUGGCCUGAUAGCGAAGCUCUUGGACUCGACCUUCGUCACGAUUGUCCACGGUGUCGUCCGCAUCGCACAUGCGUCUGUCCGUGAGUUCCUUGUCGCCCUCGGUCCGUCGUCUCGGUUCCAUAUAUCCAGUGACGAUGCGCUCCGUCUCAAGGCUAGCACAAGUCUUGCCUACCUUCGCGCUGUAGCUGAGGGGAAUGCUCCUGAAGAUUAUGAUGGCCAUCUCGUCCAGGUCUGGCACUGGCUCCUUCUCAGCCCGAGUGCGAACACGCAUUAUGCGAGCCUUGAAAGGGUUAUCACUGACGUCUUAGGCGCAGUCCACGCCUCGUCUCCUCCCAGCGGCAUUCUUUCGCCUGCGCUGUACACCGCGGCCAUCCAAGGGAACGCAGAGCUGGUCUCUUUGCUCCUUCGGAGUGGGGCGGAUAGCGACGCGCCACUGGAGGCCAGUCAAGCACGCUUCUCUCACUACCGCAACGCGGUCGAACAAUGGGAUAUAGCGAACGGGGGUACUACGUCCCUUCACAUCGCAGCCUACAGGGGCUUUUUCCAGGUCGCUCGCCUGCUUCUCGCGCACGGUGCCUCGGUCUCUGCGAGAGACGGGUUGCGGGACACGCCUCUGAUGGUCGCGGCCCGGCGGGGGCACGAAAGCAUCGCCUGCCUGCUCCUCGACGCGGGGGCGCAGAUCGAGGAGCGCGGCGCACAGGGCUGGACGGCACUGCACAGGGCAGCGGGAGAGGGCCACCUUGGUCUCACCAGCCUCCUCCUCGACCAGGACGCGGACCUGGACGCGGCCGACGAGCUGCGUCAAACACCGCUCCAUCACGCCGCUGCUCAAGGUCACACUAAAAUCGUCAGGUACCUCGCUAUCCUGGGGGCCGCGCUUGAGGCCCGUGAUUUGCUUGGGCAGACACCGCUGUAUGUCGCGGCGUACACGGCUGGACGGCGUGUGCAAAUUUUCCGCUGAAAUAGGG